GUGAAUGUGCUGAUUAAUGAAAGUCCCUCAGUACAAACCGGCAUGGAGAAGCUACAUGGCCUAUCAAUUCAUGCACAGCAUGUUCCCUGCUUGACCGCCACGCCUGCGCAAAGUGUUUCUUCGUGUCUCAAAUCAACCGUGGACGCGAUACCAGAAGCUCGUCGCGCAGCGUGACUGCCCAGCCGACCUCAAGCACCGUCGAGGUUGUGCUCGUUCGGCGCUUCUUAAAGGCAAGAUGGCCCCAACAACAACGACUUCCACCGUCUCCGGUGGCUCAAAGGACACAUAUGCGGUUCCAAUCACCCAACGGCACGAGAGUUGGCACCUUCUCACCGCCACGCUCGUCCUGCUGUACAUGGUCAUCAGCUGCGGUAUGCCGCAUAUAUCCCAGUACCUGAUCUUACCGCUCGCCGUGUUCCCUUCCAGCCAGCCAUUCCACGAAAUCAUUUCGUACCCGUACAAGCGCUUCUUUGGAUGCAUUCUCGUGUCCGUCAGCCAGCUCCUCGCACCCACCAAGCUCGUUCUCACUUUUACCGACGAAGAAGGCAACCCGCUAGAUCCGGAACAGUUCGUCACAAGGGACUCGAGAAAGAAAAGCGAUGAUCCAAAGGGUAAAAUCACGCUGCUCAAGAUGCCGGACAGGAGCGUGUGGAUCUCCAAUCACCAGAUCUACACUGAUUGGAUCUACCUCUGGUGCUUGGCGUACCACGCGGACCUUGCCGGUUCGAUCACAAUCCUGAUGAAAGCAUCGCUCAAGCACGUGCCGAUCUUCGGCUGGGCCAUGCAGUUUUACCGCUUCAUCUUCCUUAAGCAGAGCUGGCUCGAGGAUCGCAUGCCGCUGGCCAGGCAGCUCUCUGCGCUCGUCAAACGCGCCCGCGAUGCCGGACGGCGUGCUGCCGCUUCACAAGCUGCGUAUUGUAAGAAAAGUGAUGGCGGAAGCACUCGCACGUCGAAUGCUAACGGUAAAAUUCAAGCCACAAACGAGUCGCUUCCGCCACCAUCGAUCGCUGGCUCGUUCUCCUCACAUCUAGCCAAGGUGCUGCUGCUCAUCUUCCCCGAGGGUACACUCGUCUCGAAGCUCACCAAACCAAAGAGCAGGGCUUUCGCAGACAAGCUGGGCAUUAGUGACCUCAGAAAUAUGCUGCUGCCGAGAAGCACGGGUCUAUUGUUCUGCCUGCGGACCAUGGCGGCUGAGAUCGACGACCUCUACCUGGUUGAUUACACGAUUGGAUACCCCGGCAUCCCGCCGGCAGGUUACGGUCAGAGCUACUACACGCUGCGCACAGUUUACGUGCAGGGCGUGCCGCCGCCGGCGGUGCACAUGAACUGCAUCAUUAGCAAGGUGCCCUCACGCGCUGACCCGCUAGCGCGGGACGCACAGGCAAUGCGCGUCCCGCCUGUUGGUGCGUUGCCCCCAAGUUCGGAAGCGAGCGGGGCGGAUGCAUAUCAGCCGAGCGAAGCCGAGCGAGAAGCGUUCGAUCUGUGGCUCAGGAAACGGUACCAGCUCAAAGACCAGCUCAUGGAUCGCUUCUACCAGGACGGCGACUUUGUGCGCGGGGCGUACAAGAUGCAGCAACGACAGGGAGCCGGUCAAGCCAAGAGUCCUGACCUCGCGACGCAGUACGUCGAGCUUCCGACGCGCUUGCGAAACGUGGGCGACUUGAUUCAGACCAUCGCCAUCGCCUUUUCCGUCUUUCCGCUUGGCUUUGCGUAUUACUGGGCCUUCAAGUCGAUAUUCCGCUUAGUAGCUCACCGUGUAGCAUAAGUGACGACGUACAUUUUCUGGCAUGUAAUUGCGGGUUAGAAUGGCCUCAAAUGUGAUGCACGUGUGCCCUCUGUGCAAGCCGCUCUGCGGUCACCGUGUCCAGUACGGCUUGGACAAUAGUUGUCAACUUCAAACUGGUCACCGACUCACCAUGCCAAUUGCCACUGUACGGCCGUGCGCCAUGCCUCCCUCUCACAUUUUGAGUCGAUAUUCAAGGUCUCAUCUCUCGCCAUAUCAACAUCAUCCCAUUGAUCUCUACCCUGCCCUAUCCGAGCUCCUGGUCAAUUUGUCCCAUUAAUACCUCAAAUUACUCGAACCCGGGUGAACAGAGCCGGGCAUUGGAACGUCCCACUUGCGUCGCCACCGAAGACUUCCUACAAGAACAGGUCGUUCGCCUAUCCUCAUCACCGUAUUUUGCCCAUGCAGGCGUCGGCUUCGUGCGGCGCAGCAAUUCCCCGAACCAGUCCAACAGCAAUAACUUCAAACCCUCGAC